GACUAUCAAUAUAGGGCGGGGGCUAAGGAGAUUAGGUCCGCAGCAAACCUUGUCUCGCGCUGAGUAGGAGUCGGGGUCUCGUCUUACUCUUUGACGUUUGCUCAGAAACGCUGGAUUUGAAUUCGGGAAAAAUUGUCUAUCGUAUUUUGAUUCCGCUGCUGGUGAAGAAUUGUACAAAUUCAAGGAGUGAUACAAUUGUUCUUCUCAAAACCUUAACGAUUCUUAUGUUCUGCGUGAGGUGGUAGAACAGGAUUUGAACCCCGGCCUGUCUGAAUACCGAAAGACACCUGUUCUGUUCACCUUCACAUUCAUACAAAUUCUGGGAUAUCAAGGUUGAAUACCCAUCGACUGGAGGUGUGUCAUAUAGAAGAGUAGUUGUCACUGUGCCUUGAGAAGAGAAUUGUGUCGGGUACUGCUGCUGCUGCUGUUGCUGCCUCUCAUCCGUUCUAAACCUUCAGUUAACUGAAAUGAGCACCACCCACGGAAGCGAGUAAAGGUACAUUCUGAGAUGGAGUUACCAUGGUUCCUCCUCUUCAUGCGCUUGUCCCUGACAGCUGCUUCCUGUGGUUUAGAUAAUUUGCCCUCCGAACAUCAGGAAGGAGCGCAUGCAGGUGAUACUGUGUUUAACUUCACUGCCACUGAACCUAUCUGGCUGGUGUCGGGAGGCAGGGGGUACUUCAACAUUUCGGAUUACACACUUUAUGCCGAGAAGGAGUUAGACAUGAGCGAAGAUCAGGAUCUCUGCGUUAACCAACAGUUCGAUUUGGGGAUAACAUGCCAAGGCAUCGAACCUGCGUCCGACAUUUACACCUUUGUGUUGAAGCCAAUUGACAGUCAUGAUCCAAAAUUCCCAUACCCAGAAUUUAGUCGAACCAUACCUGAGUCGGCUACCAAUGGGACCGCAGUUAUUGAUUUCAGUAGCAGCAACGAAACCAGUGCAAUAGACAAAGACUGUGGGGCGAAUAGUCUGUUCUAUUCAAUGGCUUCAAACCCGUAUGUGCGUUUUGUAAACGGGCAAAAAGGAACAAUGUUUACAAUCACUACUUUUGAUUAUGAAAGCGGAAUAAACAGCCAUACAGUGAAUAUAAGUGUCACUUCAGACGGGAAAAUCGGAAUUGCAAGAUUCACGCUCAAUAUCAGCGAUGUCGACGACGAGGAUCCAGUCUUCACAUUCAACGCGUACACCCUCGAAGUAGAGGAAGAGAAAACCCAUAAUCAAUGGAUGGAUGCCUCGCCAGCUAUCAGAGCGUUUGACCAGGACCUUGGUGUCAACACACCUCUUGCAUAUAAUAUCACAAGUUCUGUUCCUCCCUUGGAUGCUCUGACCAUCAAUAAUAACACAGGACAACUGUGGCUGAACCAAACGCUGGACAGAGAAGACAAUCCAAUAUACACAGUCAUACUGGAGACAUACCAACUUGACAAUCCUCGACGUUCUGCAACAUCAACCCUGACGAUUGAGGUUAAAGAUGUUAAUGACAAUCGCCCUUCAUUUAACCCGACAACCUACACAGCAUCUAUCCUGGAACAUUCAGUUGAAGGUAGCAACAUCAUCAGCGUCACUGCCGUGGACAUUGAUGAGGUUCCAUAUAACUUGUUCAACUACACACUGGAACCUGAGAGCCAUAUAUUCAAGAUUGACCCCCAGACCGGCUAUAUACAGGUCCUGAACUCCACCGCCCUAGACAGGGAGACCCAGGACACCUUCACCGUCAACGUAACCGCCCAUGAGCAGAAUAUUUCAGCACCUUGGUUAACACCUUGUCAGGUGAAUUGCACAGCUACCGUCAGCAUCACUCUGCUGGACGCCAAUGACCACAGUCCGGUGUUCAGCGAGACAACCUACAGUUUCUCGUCGAGCAACCAGGCCGGUGACCACGUUGGAACUGUUAACGCUUCGGACGAAGAUUUCGAUGAGAACGGCCGUGUCUCGUACUCCAUCGCACAGGCUAGCGACUUCUCCGUAAAUGAAGAAGGCAAUAUCACUCAAGACAGGCCAGUGGCCAACCUGCGACAGACGGUGUUCCUGAUAGAAGCAUGUGAUAAUGGAGAAUCCAGACGCUGUAGCCAGGAGCUUGUAACAGUGACGUUCCCCGAGCAAAACGUCACGUCCACCAAAAAGAGUGUCAACGUUACAGAAAACGUCGCCUUCGGUACUAUAGUCUACGCCAUACCGACAGCGUAUAGUGGAUAUAGUCUACUUCUUAGCACUUACACAGACACCUUCAAGAUCGUCGAACAAGACACAGUCCAUCAAGUAGUGACCGCCGCCGACAUCGACCGCGAGAACACCAGCAGCUACACGCUCGUCAUCGACGUCAAGAAUGGAAUUAAGACUGAAGCCAACAUCACCCUCGACGUCGUUGUUCUUGAUGUCAACGACAACGCCCCAAUAUUUAACAUGUCAGACUACAGUUUCAGCGUCCCCGUUAACGAUGGGGACGUUUUGGGCGUCGUUGAGGCGUAUGACCUAGAUGAUGGCACCAACGGAGACAUAACCUACAGCAUACAGGGCACAGAAUCAUCCAGGCGGUUUGCUAUCGACGGGAACACAGGCAAGAUAACAUUAAAAAUAGUUCCAGAAUCGCCAGAUGAGUUGUUGAUUGUCGCCACGGACGGUGGAGUGAUCCCCCUGAAGACGACAACAGUUGUCAAGGUUGUUGUUGCUGGGGCACAGAAUGCAUACACCUUGUUCCACGCACCUGCAGAGAAGGAUGAAGUGGAGAAAGAUAAAGACCGCCUUGUGGGGGAGAUGUCUGCAAUUCUGAACAUCAGUGUCGACAUUGGUAAUAUCCAAGCCGUGGACGUGGACAACGGUGCAAGCUCGUAUUUCCGACUGAGUGCAAGAGAGUCAACAGUUCAUAGAGAUGACCUCAGAGCGAAAGUGAACAGCAACUACGAAAAGCUUCUGGCGUUGUUCUCCCCCUAUCAGAACAAUUCUGAAGAGGUGUUCACGACACCCUUCAUCGCCCUCCUCGCCGUCGGUAUUGCCGUUGCCGUCGUCUCCGUCAUCGCCAUCAUCGCUAUCGUUUAUAUAAAUCGGAAACGUAAUCGACACCACAAGCGUCUGAUGAGAAACCUUUCCAAACAUGAUACCAUCUACGAAGCUCAGGCAGUGGAAGAAACCAUCGGCGAUGGGCAAUCUGUCCACAGUCAGACCGGGUCCACCCAGGAGCUGCUGGAGGAGGGGCCACAUGCCAACGGCGACGCUAUCGCAGUCCUUAACGAAGGCUUUGAAGACGAUGAUAACAACAACACCAAGGCUGGAGACGAGAAUCAGGAUACGCUGACCCAGUACACUCAUGUCGAGGAGGAAGCAGAGGAGGGCGGGAUGACGGAGGGUGUGAUAGUUGACUUCGGUUCAGAGGAUACCCCAGAACAGGAACAUGUGGAAACUCAGGGCCUUCCUAACCCCGACUAUGGGGAUGGUGAGGAGGUGAUAUCCAACCCUGACUAUGCAGUAGUUGUUAAGAAGGAAGCGCCAGAAACUAAAACUGCAGUGCUGGUAUUUGAAGAUGAAGAUCUCGAUGAAGAUGUUCACGAACUCGUGGAUGGUGAGAAGGACGAGGAGGUACCAUCUCGUGAGGGGGAUCAGAUUCUUGAACCACCGCAGGAAGAUGAAACUCCACUGCCGCCGGUCAAAGAGGAUGAAGAUCCUCCUGACCUGAAUGUCAAUGAGUCCAUAGAGGAUGAGGAUGAGGAUAGCGGUGACGGAUUUCCCCCUCCUCCACCGACCCCACCUCGGGUUAGGAAAUCGGAUCCUGAAGAUGAAGAACCGUACGAGGCACAAGAUGAACCCGAGCCAGACUACGCCAAGAAGGUGAGAUUCAGCGAAGUCCGUGUUCAGGUCAUCCCCGACCCUAAGGAGGAGGAUGCGGUGGAAUCAGGUGUAGGUGGGGAAGGGACUGAGGGGGCGGAGACAGACGAAGAAGACAAUACAACAAAGAGUGACCGACCAUUUGAGGAAAUCCAAAACCCAGCGGAAGACAUUGAUGAAGGUGAUGGCACAUUCAUCAUGACUGCGUUGUGAAGACAACGGUGGGUGUCGGAAGUGUAAAAACCUGAUGCCGUUUGUCACCUGAUACAGUGGUUGUGGUUUCCAUAGAGACGCUAACAGGAACGAAUUGAGUACCAGCAGAAGGUUGACUUUUCUGCGGUGAAGACUACAAUAUUUUGUAUCAAAUAACUAUGACAGUAUUUUGUGUCUAUAGCCUAUACACGCCCAGGAUUUAAACUAAGCUACCUUGUACAUUUGACAACAUGUUUACCGAAGAAGUAUGUCAUUAACUAUAGCCAUUCACAUACCAAAGUCGAUACACGUGAGUUUACAACUA